AUGAAAUAAAACAACUUCUUACCCUCUUUGAUAACUGUUUUACUUAUAAUUUCUGCAAAUUGUGUAACAAAGGAUGAUCUUAUAUCAUAAUUAACAGAAAAGUUAGACAUAAUGGAUAAUAAAAUGAGUAUUCUCAUCCAAGGAGCAGAUGGUUCAAUCUACUUAAAAGAACACCUGAGUUCAGAAGGGACCCAACCUUAUGAUGAUAAUACAACUAUUCAUAUAGCUUCUGGUUGUAAAUGGAUUGCCAUGGCUACUAUUAUGAAACUUGUCGAAUUGCAAUUAUUAAGUCUUGAUACAAAAGUAACUGAUAUCUAUCCAGAAUUCCAAAAUACUAAUCCAACUAUGACAUUAAAGAAUUUAAUGACUCAUACAUCAGGUUAUUAGUUGGCUGAUGAAUGGGUUUUUGAUUUAAAUAUUUCGUUAUAAGAAUCUGUACUUGGUAUUGCUAAAGGAGGUCAAUAUCCUGCUAGUAAAGUGUAUUUUCCAGGAGGAACCAAAGUUGGUUAUAGUGAUAUUGGAAUGCAAAUUGCAGGAGGAAUGGCAGAAAAGGUCUCUGGUAAGACUUUUCAUGAAUUAUUUGAUGAAUAUAUAGCUAUUCCAAUGGGAAUGAAGAAUGCCAAAUUUACUGCUUUUGAUGGAGAAACAGGAAAUAAUAUUGCCAUUGCAGAUGGCCUUUUGAUUCGAAUGAUUGAUUAUGGUAAUUUCUUAAGAAUGCUCUUAAAUGAGGGUUAUUUUGAUGGAAAAAAUAUUUUAUUAGCAUCUACUGUUCAAACAAUGCUAUAAGAUCAUACAGGAGAUUUACCAGUUUCAGAUGAAGUAAUGGAAGAAGUGGUCGGAGAAGUUGAAGAUUCAUAUAGUUUUGCUAUUGGAGCAUGGGUAUAUGAUAGAGAUAGUGAUGAUAAACCAUCUAUUUAUUCAAGUCCAGGAAUUCAUGGGUUUGAAAAUUGGAUUGAUGUUGAGAAUAAUUAUCUAUGCAUACUUUAUAUUAGAACUGAUACUGAUAAUGAACCUGAAGUUACAGAUUUGACUGAAGCAAUUAGACCUGAUAUUUUAGAAUUCUAUUUAGAUGAAAGUGGAAAUUAUUCAAAUUUGAUUUACCUAGGAGUUCUAUUUGUAUUUGUCAUAAUGUUUUGA